GGCGGUUAUUACCCCGAGUGCUAUAAAGGAGCAUUUUCUCGAUUGACCGCACAUUAGAGAAACCUUAAUGGCGAUUAAACUUACGCCGUCUUUAAAUUUACAUCUUUAAUACAUUGAUUUCAUAAUUACAUGCAUGCAGACACAUGCAUGUACUUUUGUUUCCCUCAUGUAGCUGUAACCACCAUAAUUGAUACCAGCUACAAUGUCUACCUUUAGGCGAGCGCCUCAACACGGCGCGGCGCCUAAGCCGAGUAUCUUAGGUACAUUGCGAGCAACUUCAAUGCUAGAUACAAAGGCGGCAUUACCAGCCGAAAUUCUAGUAUCGAUCCUCGAUUACUUAUCGGUUCCGGACCUCCUCCGCUUCGCAAGAACCUCCUCACGCAUGCGUGAGAUGGUAUAUGAUGACACAAGAUGGGUAGCCAGACUUAAGAGCAUGGGAUGCUGGAACGAAUUGGAAGCUAGGAAGAGGUUCGAGGAUGCCAUGAAGAGGAAACGAGAUGCUGCAGGACGAACAAACGCCAAUGGUGGACCGAAUCCGACAGCAGAGAGGCAAGCUAGCACUACUAUAUUCGAUGCUGCCCUGGAAGAGGAACGUAGGAAAGCACAGGCGGAUAAAGCUCCGCAGCCCCAAGAAUCGAGGCUCGACGGGUUCGAAACGCUGAGCCUAAACCCGACACAAUCGAAGUCACCAUACGAAGACCCGGCAGCUUUACUCGACGUUCUUAAGAAUGUAAGAAGUAUCCGAGGCCAUGCAAGAGAGGAGUUUGGAAAAGUCUACGGUGCUCUGGCUCCAUUCUAUUUCGACUUGGCACGAGCAAAAUCUCAUACUGAACCUAUCGUGUUCAAAGUAUUUCGAGAUCCAGAAAGGCAAGCCCGGAUGCUAUCCAACUUACUUACCUUCAGUAAAAGCGAUUGGACCGAAGGGUUCUUUCAACGAGAAGCGAAACUCGUUAAUAUGAUGACCAUUUUCGAAAGUGCAGUCUUAAGAGAAUUCGAGCAAGGAUACGAGUUUUGGGAUGUUGAUGGUAGAAUGCAAAGAUAUGCCCAUGUUUUGCAUACGUUAAACGGCGGCAACGCAGCCAUGGAACUAUUCAUUCAAAAACACCCAAUUCUCAAUGACCGAGGGAUACUAGGCAAUCCAAUGGAUUGUCUCAACCAAGCCCCCCGCGACAGCAUCACACUCGAGCCAUCACGUGCAUUCUUCCAUUUACUCGUCAAGAAGAUAAACGAACAGGGCGAUAUGAUCGGUCGCAUUUUCCCUCAACCAACACACGUGUUCUGGGCUUUUGUGGACAAAAUUCGAGAAGAAAUUAUUAUGGAAUACGUUACCCCCUUGCUAGACGAAUGCCAUGAUCGGCACAUGCUUUCCUACCUAAAAGCAGUUUCAGGUCUAUUCGAGCAGUGUAUGGAAUUCGUUCGAUCACUGACUCCACCGAAGGGCUCUGAUAAAAGCCUUGAAGAUCAUGCAAAAUACAUAGCCUUAAAGGUAUUCGAGCCACACCUAGAUCUUUACUUGCAAGAGGAGCUGGACGGCUUUACGAAGUAUGGGGAACGAGAAGUGGACAACUGGGAGCAAAAGCUGUCAGCCCAAGACGCCACUGUCGAGUCGCUCUAUAUGGGAAACUUCAACCGACAGGCUGACAAAAAUGAUUUCUUGAGCUCCUUCAAAAAGGUCGUGAUGAUGCCAGUUACUGUCUUGCCUACUGCUAUCUCGACAUUUGGCGGUAGGCCGCUGUCAACAUCAGCGGCUAAUAGCUCCACGCUUCGGCCAUCAGCAAAUGGCACACCCUCAUCAUCUCGACCUCAAACGCCAGGACUUGGUGGCGCCACCGAGCGGACGGGGAGCCCCUUACCUGGCGAAGUACCCACUGAUGAGCUUAAAGCAAAAGCUGCGCUCAUGGCGAACCGGCUUGAAGGGAUUAGAAGUCUCUUCAGCAUUGAGAUCGCUCUUGAUCUAGUGCAUGCUGCGAAGGAGAGUCUUGGACGAGCGGCGAAAUUUGUCACCCUUGGAGGCCAAGCUGGCGAAGAGGCCCGGGAACAAUGCGAAACGAUGUUCGUCGAGCUAAUUAGAAUUCUUGGUCAAACACAUGUAAAAAAUGGGUUCGCAAAAGCAGUGGAACAUCUUUCGCGUUAUAACCCUCGUGAGAUAAGCGAUCAUAGUCAGACUGGGGUGGCACCGCUCGUCAUGUUCAUCGAGUUGGUCAAUGUGGGUGAUAUCAUAUCACAAAUGAUCGACGUUUUCUAUGAACAGCAACUUGUGGCGCCAAAGAUUGCCGAUAAGAACGACUUUCUCGAUCCUGCGGGUCUCGCUAAGAAAAAAUUCGAGCAGAUGUUAGACGAGAAUGUUGCUGCGGGCCUAAAUAAGGGUAUCGAUGUGCUUAUGGACGAAGUCGAAUAUCUCUGUGCUACCACACAGCUACCAUCCGACUUCAACCCGCCACCACCUUCUCAAGAGCACGGAAUCUCCAAGGAUGCCGACAUCGGGCCAACCACAACAGCGAAACGCGUUACAGAGCUUGUAGCUUCUCACACGAAGAUGUUGGUGGGAAGUACAGAAAAGACUAUGCUAGAUGUGUUCAAUAGCGAAGUUGGACUCCGUUUAUUCACGGCUGUGUGCAAGCACAUCAAACGACAACGUAUCAGUACCGAUGGUGCCAUCAAAUUAAUCGCCGAUAUGACCAUGUAUUUCGAGUACAUUCGGACACUCAAGAACCAGGAUCUCUUGCAAUAUUUCAAAGCUCUACGAGAGUUGAGUCAGAUAUACCUCAUCGACGCCCGACAUGCCAAAGAAAUGGCCACCAUCAUCGCCGACGGAGAUCGUUUUGGUGGUAUUUUCCGUGCCGAGGAAGUGUAUGAAUUCGCAGAAAGGAGAGCAGACUGGUAUCAAGUCAAGAGAGACGUGGAGAGGGCAAUGUAUGGGCUUGAAUGUCAGGUCAUGUAAAGCUGCACUACCUCAUACCUCGAGUAGUACGCAAAGGUCAUCGCCUUCACGGUCUAUUAACCCAAUUAGGUCAGUAACGCCAACGGCGGGCAAGCUUAAGCAUUAGAGAAGCUGUAUAUUUCCAACAAUAGGAGGAAAUUCGAGGAUCUAAAUCAGGAU